AUGUCAUCCACCACGCCAAUAAACGAGCCCAUUGCCCUGGUUGGCAGUGCAUGCCGCUUCGCCGGCGGAGCGACAUCAUCGUCAAAGCUCUGGGGGCUGCUGAGCAAACCUCGCGAUGUCCGCAGUGAGAUCCCCAAGUCCCGGUUCAAUGCCGAGGCCUAUUACCACCCCAAUCCGGCCUAUCACGGACACAGCAACAUCCGCCACUCGUACCUUCUGGAGGAGGAUGUUACCACAUUUGACACCGAGUUCUUCGGCAUCAAACCCAUUGAGGCCAAGGCCAUUGAUCCCCAGCAGCGCCUCCUGAUGGAGACGGUCUAUGAAGGGCUGGAGUCGGCCGGUUUGACGAUUGAUGCCUUGCGCGGGAGCGAUACCGCUGUCUAUGUUGGCGUUAUGUGUGCUGAUUAUGAAGCUAACCUGGUGCGAGAUUUGAACACGGCCCCCACGUACAGCGCGACUGGUGUUGGACGAAGCAUCAUGUCCAACCGUAUCUCUUACUUCUUUGACUGGCACGGGCCAUCCAUUACCCUCGACACUGCCUGUUCGUCCAGUCUUGUUGCAGUGCACCUGGCAGUUCAGUCCCUCCGGUCUGGUGAGUCCCGUGUCGCUCUCGCAUGCGGGUCCAAUCUCUGCCUCGGACCAGAGAACUAUGUGAUGGAAAGCAAGCUUAAGAUGCUUUCUCCCGAUGGCCGCAGUAAGAUGUGGGACAGAGAUGCGAACGGCUACGCCCGCGGUGACGGUGUUGGUGCUGUCGUGCUGAAGACCCUCAGUGCGGCGAUUGCAGACGGUGAUGACAUUGAAUGUAUUAUCCGAGAGACCGGUCUGAACCAGGAUGGUGCCACAACGGGCAUUACCAUGCCCAGUGCCACAGCACAGCAGGCCCUGAUCCGCAGCACGUACCGCAAAGCAGGACUUGACCUACAGAAACAGUCGGACCGCCCCCAAUUUUUCGAGGCCCACGGCACAGGAACCCCAGCCGGAGAUCCUAUCGAGGCCGAGGCAAUCGCCAGAGCAUUUUUCGGUGACGAGUAUGCCACAAAGCAAGAAGGCGAGCCCCUCUAUGUCGGGUCCAUCAAGACGAUUCUCGGCCAUACAGAGGGUACAGCCGGUGUCGCUGCGCUGAUGAAGGCAUCUCUGGCGUUGCAACACUCAACUCUUCCCCCAAACAUGCUUUUGAAUAACCUCAGUGAUCGGAUUGCACCCUUCACAAAAAACCUGCAAAUCGUGCAGACACCCAAGCCGUGGCCAGAACCAUCCCCUGGGCAGCCACGCCGAGCCAGUGUCAACAGCUUUGGAUUUGGAGGCGCCAACGCCCAUGCCAUCCUCGAAAGCUACGAGUCUAGUUCUAACUUGAAGUCCUCGACCGAUGCUGAACCCCCCGCCGUCUCCCCCUUUGUCUUUUCCGCCCUCUCUCGCCAAUCGCUGGCCGUCAGUCUAGGAGCUCAUGCUGAAUACUUCGAAAUGAACCCUUCAAUCUCGCUAACGGAUCUGGCCCACACUCUACAAAGCCGCCGAUCAGCGUUCCCCUACCGCGUUGCCUUUGCCGCCACGUCCGCCAGCGAUCUCACAUCGAAGAUCCGGGCAGAGCUAGAAGGCACAAAGAUGGAGGAGCUGGGCGUGAGAUUCUCAACCACAUCUGCUGGCAAGCGAGGAAAAGUGCUAGCGGUCUUUACCGGCCAAGGAGCACAAUACGCUCGCAUGGCCGCGGAGCUGAUUGAGAAAUCCAGCACAGCAAGGGAUAUCAUUCGCCAGCUCCAAACCCACCUUGACGAACUCUCCGAGGAGGUGCGACCUGACUGGUCAUUAGAGACGGAACUCCUCGCCGCGGCAGAGUCGUCCCGCGUGGUGCAGGGUGCAUUCUCCUCACUGUCUACUGCUGUCCAGAUUCUGCUCGUUGAUCUCCUGCGCCUUGCGGGUGUCCAGUUUGAUGCUGUCGUCGGCCACUCGUCCGGCGAGAUCGCCGCCGCGUACACCGCUGGCUACCUAACGGCCCGAGACGCCAUCUAUGUCGCCUACUUCCGUGGCCACCUCCUCUCACAAGUGCUCCGUGCCAAUCCAAACGCCAUGAAGGGAGCAAUGCUGGCAGCUGGCUUGUCGGAAGAAGAUGCCAGGGCACUCUGCGAAGACAAGACCUUGAAGGGGCGUGUUGUGGUUGCGGCUGUGAACUCCUCCUCAAGCGUGACAUUGUCUGGCGACUCGGACGCCAUAGACGAGGUCAAGAUUAUCUUAGAUGACGAGCAGAUCUUUAACCGCAGGCUCAAGGUCGACCGCGCCUACCACUCACACCACAUGCAGCAAGGCGUUGCACCCUAUGUUAAGGCCAUGCGCGCUGCCGGCGUUCGCGCCCUCGAGCCUAAGGCCAACUCCAUCCCCUGGGUAUCCAGUGUCUACGGCCGUCAGGUAACCCCUGACAUGGCGCUCAGCGCUGAGUACUGGGCGGAUAACAUGGUACGGCCAGUGCUGUUCCACCAGGCAUUGAGGGCGACGCUCGAAACCGGCGACUUUGAUCUCGCCCUUGAAGUCGGCCCACACCCUGCUCUAAAGGGACCUGCCAGCCAGACGGUUCAGGAAACUUUUGAAAAAUCCAUACCCUACAGCGGAGUCCUCUCGCGCGGCUCGGAUGCCAUCACGGCCACGGCAUCGACACUCGGUUUCCUAUGGUGCCAUAUUAGCCAGCAAGAUCUUACUCUGGAUAAAUACGACGUCGCUGUGAGUGAGAUCAAAACCCCCAGGCGCGUUGUUAAGGGGCUCCCCGCGUACCAGUGGAACCACGAGGGGUCGUACCGACACGAAACCCGCGCAUCAGCCAAAAUGCGAGCCGCCAUAGCGCCGUUCAACUCACUGCUAGGAACGCAGUUACCAGAAAGCUCGCAGCAGCGUUUGAGCUGGGCUCAGCUUCUCCGCGCAAGUGAACUUCCCUGGUUAUCCGGUCACCAGGUCCAAAGCCAGACUGUCUUCCCAGCAGCCGGGUACAUCUGCACAGCCUUAGAGGCGGCUACGGUGCUAGCAGGCGAACGCAGCAUCCGCCUCAUCCAGCUCCGGGACUUUGUAAUCCACCAGGCCCUCACCUUCAGUCAGGAUGACGCCGGAAUUGACGUGGUGACAUGUCUAUCUGACAUUCGCUCUACCGGCGACAUGCGCCUCCGCGCCCAGUUCACGUAUUCAGCCGGCCUUCGGCCAGAGGAAAUGGUGCUAGUCGCACAGGCCGAGCUCGAGAUUGGCCUAGGCUCACCGUCAGAUGCCACUCUCGCCGCACGCGCCCCAAUCCCCCCACACACCAUCGCCGUCGACCCAGAGCGCUUUUACACCUUCCUCGCAACCCUCGGCUACGGCUUCCAGGGCCCCUUCCAAUCCCUCAACAGCCUCCGGCGCAAGCUAGGGAAGAGCAUUUGCGGCGUGAAACCCGCUGAGCGAGACGCCUUCGGCCCCCCAUUGCUUGUCCACCCGGCAGAAAUGGACGGCGUUAUCCAAUCACUCAUUUUAGCCUACAGCUACCCGGAUGACGAUCAGUUACUGACCAUGCACCUCCCCACAAAGAUCGGGUGUAUCCGCGUCAACCCAGCCCGCUGCGCAUCUAUGACAGACAUGGUCGCCGACUCAACCCUGGACACACGCGACUCUCCAGGCUUCCUUGGCGAUGUCAGCCUGUAUACUGCGAGCUCGCCACAUGCAGCGGUACAGAUGGAAGCUGUAGAGCUUGUUCCACUUGGCUCCAGCACCAGCGGUGGCGACCGCAAGGUGUUCUCAAAGUACCACUGGGUCAAGAGCAGUCUCGACGGGGAUCUGGCCGCGGCGGACACGGUUGUCGGCCAGCGCCACGAGGAUACUCUGAUGGCGCUAGAGCGUAUUUCCACCUACUACUUGCGCCAGUUUGACCUCCAGGUUCCUGCGGACUCACCUCUGCGAACCACGAGCCCGCAUAUCCAUUACCUGCGCUAUGCGCGGCAUAUUACCAACCUCGUUGAGUCUGGAAAGCAUCGAUGGGCACGAAAGGAGUGGCUCAAUGACUCGAAACAGGAUAUGCUCGAUGCGACAGCAGCGUUCGCAGAUCUCUCUGAUGUGCGUGUUAUGCAUUUGGUCGGCGAGCAGAUGCCACGGGUUUUCAGGGAUGAGACCAACAUGCUCGAGGAGUUCCGCGUGAACAACGUGUUGGAUGACUACUACGAGAAAGGAUUUGGUUUCCUACAGUCCGGCUUGUGGAUGAGCAGGACGAUCUCGCAGCUUGCGGAGCGGUACCCUCAUCUAAAUAUUCUUGAGAUCGGCGCCGGCACGGGUGGUGCGACUAAACGGAUCUUGCGCCAUCUGGGCUCUAACUUCUCCAGCUACACUUUCACUGACGUGUCUAGCGGGUUCUUCGAGAAGGGUGCCGAGGUGUUCGCUGACUACAAGGACCGCAUGGUCUUCAAGACUUUCGACUGCGGCCAGGACCCUACAACCCAGGGGUACACCGAGGGCAGCUACGACGUCGUUGUAGCCUCGCUGGUGAUCCACGCCACACCCGACCUGGAACUGACAAUGAAGCACAUCCGCAAGUUGGUGAAACCAGGUGGAUUCCUUGUCGUUGCAGAUGGCAGCAACAACGGCCAACCUCAUGGAACCGGAGGCUUUAUCUUUGGAACCCUCCCCGGUUGGUGGCUGGGUGUGGACAGCGGACGGCCGCUGUCACCGUUUGUCUCGACGGCAGAGUGGGACAGGCUUCUUCGGCUGAGCGGGUUCGCGGGCAUUGACUCGACGGCACCCAAAGGGUUCGAGGAUGUUAUCGGCAUGACGGUGUUUGCAGCGCAGGCUGUCGACGACAAAGUGAGCUUUUUGCGUGAGCCCCUGAAGCCCCAGGCGCUGGAGACGGCUCCCAUCAGCAAUUUGGUCAUUGUUGGCGGCAGUACAGCGGCGACGCAGCCGCUAUCCUCGUCAAUCAAGAGAAGCCUGGAGGAUAAAACGCUAAGUUUGCACGUGUUUGAGAAGCUCACUGAGGUAGACUUCAGUGUGCUUGCGCCUGACUCAAUGGUCGUGAACCUUACGGAGCUCGACAAGCCGGUGUUCGAUGGUAUCACGCCAGACGAGUUCUUUGCUUUCAAGAGCAUGUUUGCCCCCAAUGUGAAGCUGUUUUGGGUGACCAGCGGCCGACUAGCCGAUGAUCCCUUCACCAACAUGACCGUGGGAUUCGCGAGAACCGCUGUCCAUGAGAUCUUGGGCUUGCAAUUCCAGAACGUCGACGUCGCUGAUCUGGCGCACGUAGACCACAACCACAUGGUCGAGAUGAUCCUCCGCUUCCAGAAACUGGGCAGCCUCAGUGAGGCUGAGAGGGACGAACUGCUUUGGGCAGUCGAACCGGAGAUUGUUGUUGAGAACAAGGGGCAGGAGUCUGUUCCCCGUCUGCAGCCUAUUGCUGCUCGCAACGACCGAUACAAUUCUUCCCGACGGUCCAUCGUGCACCAUUGUGACAUCACCGAACGCCCGUCGGUCCUUCAGCGCGAUGCCGAAGGUUGGUCGCUGCGGGAGGUGUCUAGGUGGCGGGUCCCUGCAGACUCGAAAACCCACAGCAAACUCCAAGUUAGCCACGCUGUGAGCUCUGCCCUCCGGACUACACACGGCCACAGAUUCCUUGCACUUGGCCGCGAUGUCGAGACCAACGGCCAAUACUUGGCCUUGGUGCCGUCCCUGCAGUCCGUGGUCGAGGUGCCAAAGCAGUCUCUCAUCGCAUGUCCCCUCUCGACCUUGUCGGGCGCAGAUAUCGUGGCCGACUGUGCGGCACGAUUGAUUGCGAUGGCAAUUAUUGACCCACUUAUUGACGGUGAGGCUGUCCUAGUGCAUAACCCAACCGAGCUCCUAGCCAAGGCCAUCACGACCCAGGCGUCAAGAAAGGGAGUCCAAGCCCUAAUUAUCAAGGACUCCUCGCACGAGCUUUCCGGUUCAGCGACAACAUUGGCACCUUACAUGAGCCAUGCAGAGAUCACACGGCUAAUACCCUCCAAUACCGCCUGUUUUGUUGAACUGGACAUCGAGACCUCGGAGAAUGCAGCCACAAUCCGAUCUAGUCUUCCUCCACACUGCAGAACAGAAUCUGCUUCAACUCUGUACUCGCCCAGUGGAUGGGAAAGCAGCAGCCUGUCUACUAGUUCUUCGCUCGCGCAGUUGCUUCAACGUGCGGUAGAUAGCAUUGAGAUUGGUACCAAUGGCACAAUCUCGUCCGCCGUAACCAUUCACGAUCUUCUCCAGCAGGCGACCCUGGGUGAUCCCGUCGCCAUAAUCGACUGGACCCAGUCAUCCUCUUACCCUGUGCAAAUCAGUCGCCUAGACUCGGUGACCUUCUUCAAGGGAGACAAGACCUACUGGAUGUGUGGUCUUUCCGGCGCCCUGGGCAUCUCGCUCUGUGACUGGAUGAUUGAGCGUGGCGCCAAAUAUCUGGCGCUGACCAGUCGUAACCCCAAUAUCUCGCCUAAGUGGAUCGAGGACCACGCGCAAAACGGCAUUUUUGUGAAAAUAUUCCCAUGCGACGUGACCAAUGAACCCGCCCUCAUCGCCACCCACCAGCAUAUCGUCAAGACCCUGCCUCCCAUUGCUGGAGUCCUGAAUGGUGCCAUGGUCCUCCGCGAUGUCUCCAUCCAAAAUAUGUCCUUCGACCAGAUGAGCGACGUGUCCCGCCCUAAAGUCUACGGCAGCAUCCACCUAGACCGUAUUUUUGCAGCCACGCCCCUCGACUUCUUCAUCCUUUUCUCCUCCAUUAACUGCGUGAUCGGUAAUCUCGGACAGGCCAAUUACUCGGCAGCCAACUGCUUUAUGACUGCCCUCGCCGCACAACGGCGCAAGCGCGGACUCUCCGCCGUAGCCAUCGACAUCGGCGCCAUCAUUGGCGCAGGCUACAUGGAGCGCGAGUCCAGCAAGGCGCUAGACCUCACCGUCUCGAAAAUGGCACUGAUGCAUUUGUCUGAGCAGGAUUACCACCAGCUGUUUGCUGAGGGAAUUGAUGCGGGGCGUCCAGAUAGUGGUGAUGAGGCGGAGCUGAUUACGGGCUUACUGGAUAUUCCUGCGGCCAGAGGACCUAAUGCGCCUAGGUGGCAGGCGAACCCUACCUUCUCUGCGUUUGUAAUUCAUGAGACGCAGGAGAGCGGCGCAGUGGGUGGUGGGGAUGCGGCGAUUUCUAUUCGGGAUCAGUUGGUGGAGUGUAAGUCUCCGGGUGCUGUUCUGGAGGUUGUUAAGGGGACAUUCGCCGCCCAGCUACGCAACGUGCUGCAGAUGACUACGCCUGACGAGGACCUGAUGGCGCUGCGUAGCCGCGACAUCGGCCUGGACUCGUUAGUCUCCGUCGACAUCCGCUCGUGGUUCCUGAAGAACUUCGAGGUCAGCAUCCCUGUCCUAAAGAUCAUGGGAAACGACACUAUGGCCGAGCUCGCCGACUUUGUUGCCAGCCAAGUUCCUUCUACUCUUCUCUUGGGGCUUAGCGGUGGGGACGAGGUCCCUCCCCCUGAUUCUGCUGUUGCUGUUGCUGCUGCUACUCCCGGUUUAGAGGCAAGGAGCGAUGACGACAAUGAAAGGAACAGUUCCUCGGCUGAGGACUCGCAGGAAGACUCCUCCCCAUCCAGUAGCUCAAACACGAACACAGAGCCCCCCACACCGGCCAUAACGCGCCCUCCCUCGCGCAUGCAAAAAGCAUCUGCAAAUGGCAAGAUCGACUGGGAGGCCGAAAUCAGCCUCCCUUCUCCAACCCUAGUCGACACAGACCUCAAUCCACCAGCACCACGCCCGCACGUUAUCGUCCUCACAGGCGUCACUGGUCUCCUUGGCCGCCACCUGCUCUCCCAGCUCCUUGCGGACAAUGAGACGCACGAAAUAAUCUGCGUCGCCACCCGCCGUCUCACAGCACGCCUCGCAUCCGGCGAGCUCCCUCGGCACCAUAAGAUAACAUAUUACUCAGGCGACCUAACCCUUCCCCUUUUGGGAUUGUCCCGCACCGAUGCAAAGACCAUUUUCACCCGCGCCGACGUAGUCAUUCACAACGGCGCUGACACCUCGCACCUGAAAUUCUACCAUGCCAUCAAAGCUGCAAACACAGAUUCUACCCGUGACUUGAUCUCCUUGUGCAUGACCCGCAGGAUUCCAAUCCACUAUCUCUCCACUGUCGGUGUCGGACUCUUCGCGGACGUUACCUCCUUCCAUCCUGUCUCAGCGAGUAACUGCCUACCCCCCGCAGACGGGUCAAAUGGGUACAUUGCCGCCAAGUGGGCUAGCGAGAGGUUGCUCGAGGAGUUAGCAGAGCAACACGGGGUGAAUGUAUGGAUUCACCGACCCUCAACGAUCAUCCGAGAGGGCAAGGACGCAGUCAACGCUGCGGCCGCAGUGGACUGGAUGAAUGCCUUGGUGAACUACAUGAUCAAGCUGCGUGCUGUGCCGGCGUUAAAGAACCUACGGGGGGCGCUGGACCUGGUCUAUUCGAAGAAUGUAGGAGGGAAUAUUCUGGAGCGUGUGUUCGGAAAUAGGAUUACGCCGGAGAAAGGCGGCGUCGAGUAUGUCCAUGAGGUCGGGGAUGUUGUUAUCCCGUUGGAGAGGAUGGAUGAGUUUGUCAAGGAGAGGACUGGAGGUGCGAAGGUUGAGGUGCUUGCUGUUUGGGUGUGGGCUGCACGGGCAGUGGACGCUGGGUUGAACAGAGGUAUUGCUGCCUUGAUUGAGGGGAUGGAUGACCCCGGUCAGCCAGACUACCCACGGAUGCUGCGCGAGUAG